GCCAUUCACAGUUUUGAGACCCCGCAAUCUGUCAUCGUCUCACGGUACAACCUCCGAAACAAGUAUCAUCCAUUGACGUGGCCAGUCGUGGUUGUCAGCCUCGUUGCUGAUCCUAGUCGACCGUAAGAGAAGAUCGAUUAGUAGUGACGACUCUCCAGCUUUGCGCUCGCACAGAGCACCCGAACUUCCAAUUUCCCCAGAGAUUUCGACUGCGCAACUUCCCACUUCCGACCACUUCCGGCCUUAACGAGUCCGAGGAUCUAGGCACUAGGCUAGCGACAGUUCCCGUCAAUCACCCGAACCAUGCGGCUCCGCUACAUUGCUUUCUCCCUGCUUAUGACAUCGGGAUCGGUUCUUGCCGUACCGAGACCUCGAGGCGAAGCCCUUCCCAUCAUCCUGAUCCCACGCGUAUCGAAGAGUGUCCCGAAGAGAACCCAGUCUUCCAAUGAAUAUAUGGCCUCGACUGGACGAACUUGCGGCAACACAAUAGAGAAAGGUGUAUGUUAUAAUGGCAGAUGCGGCAUCUUCGUCGCUCCCACCGGAUUCGAAGCGAUACCCGAAACCGAGUCGCAAUGCUUAUGAUGAAAUACCACUUAUCGGAUGCCUACACGCCUACCAGCAGCAGCGCCUAUUUGGGGUCUCCAACUGCCACAAGCUCAUGGUACGCCUCGGCAUUCGGCCAUUUUUAUUGCCAACGGAACAUUAUUAGAGCCUCAACAUUACGACGGACACAUUGUAUAU